AAACUCCUUAGAAAACUUUUUCAAAACCCAACUCUCAUGCCAUUAGAAAGAGGAUCAUGAAAAACCUAUAAAAAAAUGGUUCAUGAAAUUUUAGUUCACUCAUAAAGCUAAAGUCUGUCUGCUCUAGCAAAAAAUGCCCAUUGUGUUAGGCUUUUAGAAUAUGUACUUUGAGUUGAAAUUCGAACAUGUCUUCCUGUAGAAAAAUCAAAAAUAUUGAAUUGACAGACAUGUUACCAGUUUUCUGUCCACUGACAUUAAAGUUGAGUUAUCUCAGUAGAUAUAACAGCUAGAAAUCUAUGGUUAGUGCAGAAAGAUAAAGAGUUGAAAAGUCUACAACUUCACAAAAAAAGUUCGCCUUAAGCGUGAGUGAAAAGUAUAAUGAUAGAGUCUUUACUGAAAAAAUGAUUUUCACAGUAAAUGUCCACCGACAUUUUCAUUUUUCUUUUGAUUAUUACUCCUGGUUGGUAAGUCGGUUUAGAUUCAAAUGUCUAUCCUUUUUCAAACACGUGAACUACUAUAUAUACUAAGGAUACCAGCUGGAAAUUUCUUUUUCUUGUUGCUAUAUACAAAAAAUAAGGACCAACAUUUUUUCUGUAAAAGAUGUCCACCGACGUUUGAUAGAUUAUAGGUCUAACUAACGAUAAUAUGCUUUUUUUCCGUCUGUGUUUACACUAUGUAUAUAUACUAUUAAUUUUCCAAAUUCAUGUCAUUAUCCUGAAAUGAAUCUCCAAAACUAAACCCACCAUAAAUUAGAGUUUGUAUAAAAAUCUCAUUAUGUUCUUUAUAACCGUUAUACCCAAUUUUCUCUCAUCACCCUCACCCUCCCUAGUGAGAAUCUUACUCAAAUCUUAAUAAUAUCUUAGAAUAAUCGACAAGUUUUCGAUCUUUUAUCUUUCGAGCAAAUUUUGACAAAACCUUUUUAUUUCUCUAAAAAAUUUCAAAGGCACAUCAUCUGAUGCAGUGUUUGACGCUGAUUCCAAAUAUCGCCUUAUUUUUGUUUUUAAGUGAAGUUUUAAUGAGUAUAGUCUCAAAAAACUGAAAACUUGCGGUUGGUCGGCCAUCUUGUUUUCAAGUUUUGGAAUUUUUGCACCACUCAUCAAAGAUAUGCAAAAUAAGCUUUUGGGUGUUAUAUAUGUAGCACAGUGUGUCAUAAUCAUACGAACUCCUUUUUUUCAGCCAAAGCUGGAACCAAUCUGAGUACUCUUUUGAAUAGCCCAAAGAUUUUUCUACCAGAAGAGGUCAUAUCGCCAUUUUAUGAGGAAACUUGAUGAGCGCGAUAUAAGCACAAAUUAACGUAAUACUUUUAAAAAAUGUUUUAAUACAGACAAGCAACACGCUAAAUACAUUCAAACAACACUGUAAAAAAAUCAGUGAGCCUUAUCGCCGUAUUUAUCUGUACCAUAAAUUCGUAAAAACGGCUUACAAAAAUGUAAUAAGUCAUACUGGAUAGAAAUGAUUUAACUGAUCACCGUACAUUCUAAUGACGAGAACAAAAUAGUAGAUAAUGAAUAGAAUGUAUGCAAACAAAGUGCGCUCAUCCAUGUUUAUUGUCAUUCUCAACGUUAGAAGGUCGAAAAAGAGUAGAAAACGCAUUGUCCUUUUACCUUUUGGUUUUUCGUUUGGUGAGAUCUAAAGUAAAUUUUUUCGCUGCACUGUGAAUUUUAUUUGUUAUUUUAGCUUAUUAGUUCAUUCAUUGUAAACAAUACCAACGUUGUAAAUCGUUAAAUAUUCACAGUCCUAAACACAACAUUAGAAAAUUUGCCGCUUGCUCCGAGCUGAACCAAAUUGGAUAAAAAUUGGACGCCAGGUACACAGUUUGUCGGUGAAUCCGAGAGCGGGUUCCUUAUAAUUACAUCUCCACUUUUGUUUUGGCGUCGACAUAAUCAACGUGGUUUUUGCCUAAAUUUUAUUUUUCUCAUUGGUUGAAAAGAAGGCGCCAAUGAGAAAAGUAAAAUUUAGGCAAAAACCACGUUGAUUAUGUCGACGCCAAAACAAAAGUGGAGAUGUAAUUAUAAGGAACCCGCUCUCGGAUUCACCGACAAAUUUUGCAUUUGGCCCCCAAUUUUUAUCCAAUUUGGUUCAGGGCGGAGCAAGCACCAAAUUUUCUAAUGCAAAGCAUCGUUCUAUCGAAAAUUGACCCUGUUGCAUCUAUUUCUUCCACUUCUCAGCGUAUUGAGCUGUACUAUAAAAACGUCGAAUCAUCUUCUACUACAAAUCUAAAGAGCAUACACGUCUUCGAAGAAGAUCAUGUCUCGCAUCAAUAUAAAUAAAAUCUAAACUAUCAUCUUUUAAUUCGACAACAGCUAAAUUGCUAAAGUUACGGUGAUAAUGAAGGACUUUUUCAAAUCUUUUCAGACGUUGUCUUGCCAUUUGAUAAUUAGUUUCUUGGAGAUCAUCACGUACAUUAGCUAUGUCUGAAUAAAUUUUUUGAUGUGCCCACAAAUCAAUAACAUGAUCUUAACAAAAUUUCGGAUAAUUAAAUUGAAAAUUAAAACUUUUCGUUAGCGCAUUUUGACAUGGUCAGCAUUCCCUGAAACUUUGGUGCAGAUCAGGCCUAUCUGGACUGAGAUACGUCUCUAACCUGGAAGGAGGGGGCCUUGAAUAAACUUUAAAAAGUAUUUUACGUGAAUCAAGCACAGGCGUCUGUAUACUGAAAACCAUCAGUUUUAUAACUACAGUUGAAAUGACAAGUUUUUGAGCUGAAUUAUCAGAGCAUCGCCCGUUCAGUUAUUGGUUUUAAUAGUACUUCAGUAUUGGUACAUCUUCUCGCCAGAUUUUUAGAUUAAUUAUUGAUUUAGCGUACGUAUAUGUAUACAAAUAAUAAAUGGCUUCUAUUGAUAGUGAUAAUACUCUAUUUGUUAUUAAUCGGUGCACUGCAUCUUGUACGAAACACAGAAAUUAUUACUUAUACCACAUGUAGAUCAUUACCUGAGCCAUUACCACUUUACGCCUCACGUAACCAGUUUGCGGAACUAAUAGCAAAUGAACGUUUAACCACUGGUGCUGAAAUUGGUGUUCAAAAGGGUAUAUUUUCUGAAAUUUUGUUAAGAAAUUGGACAAACUGUGCGGAAUAUCAUGCUAUUGAUUUGUGGGCACAUCAAAAAAUUUAUUCAGACAUAGCUAAUGUACGCGAUGAUCUCCAAGAAACUAAUUAUCAAAUGGCAAGACAACGUCUGAAAAGAUUUGAAAAAGUCCUUCAUUAUCACCGUAACUUUAGCAAUUUAGCUGUUGUCGAAUUAAAAGAUGAUAGUUUAGAUUUUAUUUAUAUUGAUGCGAGACAUGAUUACGUCGGUGUUAGGGAAGACUUAAAACUAUACUGGCCAAAAUUGAAACGCAAUGGUAUAUUUGCUGGACACGAUUAUUUAGACUUGAGUGAAGUCAAAGCACGCGCUCCUAAACAAGAUUGGUCCGUUGACGCUAAUGGGGUCAGACGAACCGAUAAUAAAGCUGUUAAAAGUGCAGUGAAUGAAUUUGCCAGAGAACAUAGCUUACAAGUAUUACAAACAUCUCAAGAAAAAUACCCUAGCUGGUAUUUAAGAAAAUACCUAUAA